AUGAGUGAUGUAUGGAAGCAGCUGAGAGCUUGGUUCCGAUCAUUUACAGCCACCGAGCAGUAUCUGAGUGCAGUACAGGUGGUGCUUUUCAUUGGAUUAAUUGCUUUUCUCUCAUUUCUUAUAUUGCACUUCAUAGCAUGUUGGAGGGGAAAUAAUUCAUUCCCUCACAAUGUUGACAUAGACUACACUACUGUAACAAUAGAUGAUUCAGAUAGUAAACUAUCAACAUCAGACCAUAAAUCAAAUUCACCUACAAAACAUACCAGUACUACAAGUAAGGUAACUGAUAGUAGUCCCUCUAGAGAAACUUCAACUUUAACUACUAAUGUAGAAUGCACAUGGAAGGCAUCACAGAAAACCUCUGCGGCAGCCCACUACUAUUACAAACAAGAGAAAACCACUGAAGAAAAUUCAGUUAUUGAAAAUGUAAGUCCAGAAACUCAAGAGGGGUCUGUCAUAGUAGCAGAUGAUGGUGAUGUUGAUGUUGGAAAUAAAUCACACUUUGUGAUUGCUUUGGUUAAAAUUAAACUGAAUGGUGAUAUAACAUUUGGAUGCAUUCUCACAGUGAUAACUGCACACUGGGCUAUCACUGCCGCUAGUUGUAUAGAGUCCAUAGAAGAGGUUGACUCACUCGACUCAUUUGUGAUGAUGGAGAGGUUUGGAAGGAAAGAGCAAGGAAAAGUCCACACUGUGUCAGAUGUGAUGAUACAUCCUCUGUACCAAGGCACCAAUAAGAGCUAUGAUUUGGCUACACUUAAAUCUGAAGCUGUAUUGACUAUUAACAUUGCAUCUAUUCCAAAGUUAUCAACAAUGUUUGAAUAUUUACUUAUUAACCUAGGAGAGAGUUUGGAUAUUUAUGGAUUUGGAAAGUACAGGAGCAAUGACAGUCGUCCAGAAUCACGAAGGUUGAAAAGAUCAAGGGUAAGUGUGAUGCCGCUGCGACGCUGCGAGGGCUCGCGCUCCGACGACGAGGGCGGGGCCGCCGGCGACGAGCGCUGGUCCGUGCGGCACCUGGCGCACGGCUCGGGUUUGUCGCGGGUGGCGGGUGGCUUGCGCGGGCUUUGCGCGGUUCGGAGAGGGCGGGGCGGGAGCCACGCAUGCAGUUGGUGCGCGGGCGCGCCGCUGCUCCGCGGGGGGGCGCUGCUGGCCAUCAUGGCCGACAACGCGCGCUGUGGCUUGGACUGCGCGCCCGCACUCUACGUGCCACUAGCGCCGCUCAGAGACUGGAUACUGUCCGUUACAAAUGACAAACCUGUCUUCUGACUUUAAUAAUAAUAAACACAUACUACACGUAGUCCUGUU